AUGCAAGAAUUUAAUUAUAAAUUACUUAAUUUCGAAAAACCAAAUAAUUAUAAAUCAACUGGCUCUGCAAUCGAGUUAAAUGAAAAAACUCCAAAACUAUUUACACCAAUUCAAAUAAAAGAAAUGGUAUUAAGAAAUAGAGUAAUUAUAAGUCCAAUGUGUCAAUACUCUAGUUCUGGAAAUAGCGGUCUUGCCAAUGAAUGGCACUAUGUGCAUUAUGGCGGCUUUGCUAAAGGUGGUGCCUCAAUGAUAAUAAUGGAGUCUACUGCAGUUUUACCAGAGGGAAGAAUUACUUAUCUUGAUCUUGGAAUUUGGUCAGAUAAUCAUAUUGCACCAUUAAAAAAGAUUAUAGAUUUUGCUCAUCUCUUUGAUACCAAAGUUUGUGUUCAAUUAGCCCAUGCUGGUAGAAAAUCAUCAUCAUCAAUUCCAUUCUCUAAAGAAGGUGGCCAUUCGUCGAUUUCACCAAAUGAUCAAUAUGGUAGAGGUUGGCAACAAUUAAGCUCAUCCCCAAUCGCUUGGAGCGACCAAAUGACACAACCGGUUGAAAUGUCAAUCGAUGACAUUAAGGAAGUCAUAGAUGCUUUUAAACAUGGUGCAAUUAGAGCAAAUAAAGCUGGAUUCGAUGCAUGUGAACUUCAUUUUAGCCAUGGCUAUCUUGCAAUGCAGUUCCUUUCACCAACAUCAAACACUCGUACUGAUCAAUAUGGUGGCAGUUUCGAGAAUAGAACAAGAAUUUUAUUUGAAAUUAUUGAUGCAGUUAAAAAAGUUUGGCCAUCAAACAAACCAAUUUUAGUUCGUAUAUCUGCAGAAGAAUGGGUUGGAUCUCAAGGUUGGACUAUUGAAGACUCUAUUCAAUUAGCCAAAAAACUUGAAGAAGUAGGCAUCGAUUGGUUGGAUGUAUCAAGUGGUGGUAAUAAUCAACAUCAAAAGAUUAAAGGUGGUGCAAUGUAUCAAGUCCCAUUUGCUAAAUCUAUAAAAGAAUCACCAGGUAUCUCAAAAAUGCUAAUCUCAACUGUUGGAUCUAUUACAACCGGCAAUCAAGCUGAAUCAAUUCUAUUGGAUAACUCUGCUGAUUUUAUUUUAUUUGGUCGUCCUUUUCUUCGUAAUCCAAACUUUACAUAUGAAUUAGCAUAUCAACUAAAUACCAAAAUAGAUUAUGCACUUCAAUAUAACCAAGGAAAAUACCAUAUUGUAUCAUAA